UGCCAUUAAGCAGUUUUGGUUAUUUAUCUCCACCCACCUCUCUUUCUCCAUCCCUCUCUCUCUCUCUCAUCAAACUCCAUAACUUUUUCUUGGAAGAAGGUUAUAAAUGGAUGAGGGUUAGGCAUCUAAAAGUUCAAAAAAAGAAAAAAAACGAGAAGAUCAGAAUGUACUCUACACUCUUUUUUCCUUCUCGGUUCUAAGUGUCUUUUUCUUUUCUGCUUCUCUUUUUGAUUAUUCUGAAUUUAGGGUUCUUUUGUGUGUUUCUGAAUUUGAAGAAAGUUGUAUGAUUUGGUCAUGUUUUCUUCCAAUGAUGAUACCAAUAAUAACAAUGGAGUGUACCCUCUUGCUCUUUACCUUUCUUCUCUCUGUAGCCAUGACAACAACAUGUCAUCAGCAUCUUACAAUCAUCAUCAACAUCACCAACUUCAGCAACAUCAUAAUCAGCUAAAUCUCCAUCCAAAUGAUCAUCUCAUGGCUGCUCCUCAGAAUCACCAGUUCAGUUCUCCAUCCAUGCCCGAGUCUCUGAUCAAUUACAUGCCGUUUUUGUCGAACAACGUCAUGAUGGACCAGAAUCUGGUGAACGGUGGAUGCUCUGAUAGGGUUGAGGCUCUGAGGGGGAUCAAGAAGCCGGAGAAGAAAGACCGGCACAGCAAGAUUCACACGGCACAAGGGCUUAGAGACAGGAGAGUGAGGCUCUCCAUCGGCAUUGCUCGCCAGUUCUUCGAUCUGCAGGACAUGUUGGGGUUCGACAAAGCGAGCAAGACGCUCGACUGGCUGCUCAAGAAGUCGAGAAAGGCAAUUAGAAAGGUCACUCAAGCAAAGAAGCUCAACAACGGCGACUUCAGCAGCGCCAACAUUGAAGAUGAGUGGUCUGGAAACAAUAUUGGUGAUGAAGAAGAAGGCGAAGAAGAGGAUGAGGAGGAGGAGGAAGAGGACGAUGAUGAAGACAAGAGCUUUGUAUCGGGUUCAAGCUCCGAGGGCUGUGAAGAAAUGGUCUACGAGGCCAAGAAGCGAGAUCAGAUUGAUGGUUUUGUGCAAAGAGAGAAGAAGAAUAAUGAGUUGAGCCACAUUUCGUCAAAGGGGUCAAGAGGUAAAGCAAGAGAAGGGGGAAAGGAGAGAGCAAGAGACAAAACCGGAAGUAGAAACACCGAUCUGCCCCAAAUCUAUCAGAUCUCACAGUCUCAAGUACUGUUGGACUCAAUGAGAUCUACAACUCUUAAUGUAGGAAAAGCCAAAAUGCCAUCAAGUGUUCACUGCCAAGACAUGACUUCUUUCUAUGAGCAACCGAUCGAAGAGGCUGGUAGGUUCCAGGGACUGUACUUAGCCAAUCAAGAAUCUAAUAGCUUCAUCACGAGGAAGACCAAACCGUCGGCUUUAAGUUAUGGCCAACAAAAUGGAGGAGUUAUGUCGGAGAAUCAGAGUUCUACCAGCGACAACAUCACCAUUUUGCCUCAAAAUUGGGAGAAUUAUGACCAGAACCCUUUUCUCGAUGCACCCUUUGGUGUAUUCUUCAACAUGAAUGCGUCCACAAGUAAAGAAUUUGGCUCAAAUUCGUGGCUCCAGUAAAUGGUGAUAUACAACCAAGAGGACGACUAUGGAAGUGGCAUCGAAUUAAGGCAUGUAAGCGGAAAAACUCUCGGAUCCUUUUUAUGUGAGUGUAUAUUAGAACUCAUAUUCCAUAUAAUGUUUAUCUUGAUCUUGAGUGCAAGUAUUAUCUGAAGUUAGAUGAACGACCCUUAAUUAGUAUGAAAUGUUUUUAGGUGCAAU